AUGGUAAAGUACAGCACACGUGUUUCACAGAUGUGCACUCCAGCGCAAUUGAGGAAAAAGGUAUGUGAGAAUAGUUCUAAUGAAGAUUUUUCAGCAAAUGAAGAUAAAAAGAGUACAGUUGAACCUGACAACUGGGAAGAUGCUGCUAUGUCAACUCCAAAGUUGGAAACUUCUGGUGACAAUAAGAUCAUUAAUGAUAAUCUUACGCAUCCAAAUGGUGGAGGUGUCACUACAGGCAAAAAGAGAUACUCAAGAGAUUUCCUUCUUACCCUUUCUUCUCAUUUCGCUGAUCUCCCUGCUAAUUUUGAAGUUCCAUGGCAUAUGGUGGAGGCCCUUUUAAGUCGUAAUUCAAAAGGGGUGGAUUUUAACAAGCAUGGUCCAAACCCCUGUCCUGGACAAACUAAUAGCAGACAAGGCAGCUCUUCUUGGUCUGAGAACCGUCCUACUGGAAUGGUGGAUGAUGGCAGGUGGACCAAUGUGCAACAUACUGAUAUCAACCAAGUGGGAACCGCUAACGGUGCUCGUCCAGGUAGAGGAGACCACAAAAAUAUGAGGAAUCUACAAGGACAGCCACCUAGCCAAUAUGUAUCUGUGUUUCCUGCAGGAACAAUGCUGCCAUUAGCCUCUCAGGGAGGAGUACAACAUAUUCGGUCCGAUGCCAACCGCUGGCAGUGGGUUUCUGGCUCUCGAAAAGGUUCAAGUCCUUCUCAUCCACUGCAAGUUAUGCACAAAGCUGACAAGAAAUAUGAGAUACGCAAAGUGACUGAUGCGGAAGAGGCAAAACGUAGACACUUGAAAGCUAUCCUCAACAAGCUAACUCCACAAAAUUUUGAGAAGUUGUUUGAGCAAGUAAAGGAGGUUAAUAUUGAUAGUGCUACCACUCUUGCUGGUAUCAUUUCACAGAUAUUUGACAAAGCUCUACUGAAGCCAACAUUUUGUGAGAUGUAUGCAAAUUUUUGUCAUCAUCUAGCCGGGGAACUUCCUGAUUUUGAGGAGGACAAUCAGAAAAUAACUUUCUAGAGCCUUCUCCUUGAUAAAUGCCAGGAGGAGUUUGAGAGAGGUGAGAGAGAAGAAGCAGAAGCCGACAGUAUGGAAGAGGAUGGGGUGAAGCUGUCAGAGGGAAAGAGAGAGGAGAAGAGGUUUCAAGCACGAAGAAGGAUGUUAGGUAACAUAAGACUGAUUGGGGAAUUAUACAAGAAGAAGAUGCUUACAGAGAGGAUAAUGCAUGAGUGCAUCCGGAUAUUGCUGGGGCAGUACCAGACUCCAGAUGAGGAAGAUAUUGAGUCUCUUUGCAAGCUUAUGAGCACUAUAGGAGAAAUGAUCGACCAUUCCAAGGCGAAGGAUUACAUGGACGCCUAUUUUGAUAUGAUGAUGACAAUGGCUAACAAUAAAGAUUUGUCUACUAGGGUGAGGUUUAUGUUAAUGGAUAUUAUUGAUUUGAGAAAAAAUAAAUGGCAGCAAAGAAGAAAAGUAGAAGGCCCCAAAAAGAUCGAGGAAGUGCGAAGGGAUGCUGUUCAAGAACGUCAAGCUCAGGUCAGUCGGUCCACUCGUGGUUCAAGCACUGUUUCUUCUGCUAGAAGAGGGCAGCCUGCAGAUUUAGGUCUUCGGCCAUCCAUGUUUUCUUCGCCAGCUCCUCAGAUGACUCCAUUUCGUGGAAUGCCAGCACAAAAUCGUGGAUUUGGAAGCCAGGAUUGCAGGUUGGCACAUGAGGGUAGGAUAUCAUCAGCUGCCUCGCCACAGCGACCACUUGAUGAUAAAGCAAUGAGCCUUGGUCCCCGGGGAAGAGGCCCCGGAAGGAGAAUAUCUUUCAGGGGCCCACCAAUGCAUUCUGGUGGUCCUGUGGCAGAUGUACAUCCUGGUUCUGGGUGGUCACCGUACAACUCAGGACAAGAAUCAAUAUCCAAAUAUGCUCCAGGGACAGGGGCGAAGCCUACUGCUUAUGCUCGACCAAAUCAACAUGAGCACACACAUUAUGCAGAAAGAGAAGUAACAAAUAUAAAUCGUCCUUUUGGGAGAUCUGCGGAACCACCAGCCUCAGCCCAUCCGGAUCGACCCUCUGCUGCGCCAAAUUCACCAGGAAUGGUAUUGUCUGAAGAACAACUUUGUGAAAUGUCGAUUGCAGCUAAUCAUGAAUUUUACAGUGCAGUUGAUGAGGACGAAGUUGUUCUACGCAUUGGAGAGUUGAACUCACCAAGCUUCCUUCCAAUGAUGUUGUCGAUAUGGGUAAAUGACUCGUUUCAGAGGAAAGAAAGGGACCGGGAUCUUCUAGCUCGGCUUCUUAUCAGUCUUACGUAGUCCAAGGUGGUACUGGAUACCAAACAGCUCAUUGACAGGUUUGAGUCAGUUUUAGCUACUCUGGAGGAUGAAGUUACUGAUGCUCCAAAAGCAGCUGUAUUUCUUGGUCACAUUUUCGGUAGAUUAAUUAGUGGAGAUGUGAGUCUGCAUUGUGUUGGGUCUGUGGUGCCAAUGGCUAUUCCUGAGGCUGCCUGCAAUGAAGCUGGAUUUGCUUGUGGAAGUACUUGUGAUCCAUUUACUUGUGCUUCAUUUUCUGCAAAAUCUUCUGAUUCCGAAUUCAGUUCCACGUGUCUACUUCUACUGGAUCAUCAUCUUCCUCUUUACGAAACCAUCCAGACCUCAGGGCAAAGAGAAUUGCAAGAAUCGGAAGAAAUGGCCUACCCAGUUGAGAGACAAAUGGAAGUGAUGGAGUAUGGAAUAUCUGUUUACAAGUCUGGUACAGAAAGCGGUUACUGGGUUUUAGUUAUAAAUAAUAAUAGAGCCCCACCUCGAGGUGAGCGGAAUGUUCUUUUUUUUAAAAAAAUAAAAAUAAAAAAAAUAGAAAAAUCCAAUAAAUACGCUUUGCGUUUUAUUUGCAGAAAUCUCCUUCUAGCCAUGGCUUAUACCUAUAUAGAUUUAAUUUCUGCCCACUUGAAUGAGCAUCAUACGAUGCUAAUACCACAACUAAGGCAUCCAUCAAAUCCCUUUGGUAUAGGUCAUGACUUAGAAUUUGAUUGUGUACUCUUCCUUUCUGUUGAACCUGCUGUAUCUGUAUGA